AAUGCUGACGAGAGAGGUGGAUGGAUUUAUAUAAGCGAAUGCUGAUUCGUCGUUUUCUUACACUUUGCGUAAGAUUGCAAUUUAAUCUCUAGCUUGUAUCUUGCAUUAUCUUGUAGGAUUAUAAGCGGGGUUAAAUUUAGGUUAUGUUUCGCUGAGUGCGACGGCGUUAUCGCGAUCACAUAACUUUUAUUUUAGAUCGUGUGUGAAUUAGUCGAUUCUGCCGACCCAAAAGAAACCCAGUCGAUCUGAACGUGUACACACACGCGUGCACAUUUCUAUUUUGCGUCACGCGAAGCAGGUGCCACUUAUUCCCUAUUAACGGGUGGAGAAGCCACGAGCAACGCAUCACACCUUGUUUUUGGUAGAACUUAGUUAGGGGGAACAAAAACGCGCGAAGAAAGUCGAUUUCUUCUCUUGAAUUGACGCGAAAAAUAUAAAAAAAAGACCACAAUGUCAGCAUCUCCCAUCGCCAGACAGGCUACUCAGAGUCAGAGUAUACCAUCCAAGAGGAUCGUCAUCCACGAUCCCAAUCAGCUUCCAGCUGAUUAUUCGUCCACUCCUGGAGGAACGCUUUAUUCCACGACACCGGGAGGAACUCGUAUCGUAUACGAACGUGCAUUUCUGAUGAAUUUGCGGAACUCUCCUAUAUCGCGAACUCCGCCACGAAAUACGCUGACCAUACCGCCAGAAUUGUUAAAGGGCACCACACCAACUAUCACGAGAAAUACUUCUAAAACUGCUGAUAAAGACAAUUUGGUGAUCGAGGAAUCUCCAGAGCAAUUCGAAAUGGACAUGUGAACAAAACAAAUCUCUUGUGUUCAUGUGACGGUCUCUACAUGUUUGCAGCCAUAUAUUUGAAAAUGUUGUAGAUCACUUCUACAACAAUUGAAAGCACGUGGUUGAAACUUUGUAAUCGUGUGCCUUUAGCCAGUGAUUCUAUUAAGAAUUACAAGUUUCCUUAAGAGAUGAUGUUCAUCGAUAAGCGACUUCUUAUUUUCAUAUGAAUUAUACGCAAAUAGUAAAAAUUUAAAUAUUGAUUCUUAAUUAAAGAAACACGUACAUUUAUACAUAUAUAAAUGCUCAUAAAAAAUAAUCAUGUGAACAGUCUUUAACUUUUUCAACUUUUUGUGCGGACGGCAAAUAUAUUCGUCGUCAGAAAAUUUCUCUGUUACGGACGACGUAUAUAUUCGACAUGAAAAUCGUAAUUGUCAGUUGCGGACGCCGCACAUAGCGAGCUUUUUCGUUAAAGCACGCUUUAAAAAGAGUUAAAACGUCUUCCCAUGAUAUGAGAAUGAAUUACAAUACUUUGUAAUGUUUCUUAAGAAAUUUGUAUAUGUGAAUAAAUGAUACAUUUUAUACGUA